AUGUUGACAAGAGUUGUCUUUCCCAUGUUACUGUAUUUGGUCAUGGUAUCAGCCUACACAACUAAAGUCAAUUAUGUAAAACGAAAGUGUGGUAGUACCAUCAUGGUUUCUACAGCUGAAAGGAUAGUUUUAGAGUAUGAUGACGAUACCGCGGAAGAGGAUUGUGAGAUCAAACUUCAAGCCUAUGAUCCUUACAACAACUAUGAUAAUAUAAACCUGCAUCUCCGCUUCCUGGAGUUGGACCUUCCAUGUGCUCAAGCUGCGGUAAUCAUAGAUAAAUUUGAUACCACCAACGAGAUUUAUGGCUUGAAUAGAAGAUUUCAGCAUUCCGGAAUCGGUGAGUCAGUAUGUGGGGAUGAGGUUCCAGAUAAACUCUACGAAUCAAAUUUAAAGAAAAUGUCCAUCAACUUUCACAAGAGAAUACCUCAUAGUCCUAUAUAUGAUUCCUAUUUUGAUAUUCUAGUUACCAAAGUCAAUAAUGGUCUGUGUGACCAGAAUAAAGAGUUUGAAUGUGACAGUGGACGAUGUGUAGAUGAAUCUCUGGUUUGUGAUGAUUAUUAUAACUGCGAUGAUGAGUCUGAUGAAGAUGAAGAUUGUUUCUGGACAGUUGGAGCUAUAAUUGGUGUCGCUAUUGGGUUAAUCGUAGUUAUCGCCCUUGCUGUGAUUGGAGUGGUUCUUAUAUGCAGAAAAAGAAAGUAUGGUCGAUUUUUUCGAAGAAAGCAGGCACCGCCUAUUGCUAAGGUCCGUUCGAACGAUCAACCCUACUUCAGCGAGUCUACAUCAUCACUUGCUAAACAACUGACACCUAUACCAUACGCUCCUAGUCUGAAUCCUAGUAUUACACCCAACCUCUCUCCAGCAUCACAGAAACGAGCUAUGGGAUCUACUUUUAAGCAAUUCAACAACGGACAACAGAGGGAUUUUGGUUUAACAAAGAAAGCAGACGAAAAAUAUCCUAAGUAUAAGCGAAACAGUCGUUCCGAUGAACAUGAACUGAAAACUGUUUCUGCGCAUGUCGAGGAAAGUGAUUCUAGACGAAGCAGUGACAGUACGCAUAUAUCACUAAAUGGUUACGUGGACUCGAAAAGAAGUAGUAGUGAACCGCGUCGAGGAUCACGUGAACAGCGUCGCCAAGGACCAAGAAAGAUUAGUGACUAUCGAAACGGAAGUAGUUCUCGAAUGAGUAGCUCGUCCAAUCAGAGUGCCAAUAAGAGUCCCAGUACAUGUACUGAUGUCUGA